AGCCGCCCGCCGCCCCGCCCGGCGCCGGCCAUUGGCCGCGAGCAGCCAUUACUCCCGCGGGCGGCGGUGGGGGGCCGGACUUGAUCGUCGCCGCGGCGGCAGCGGCAGGAGAAUACAUGACUUGCUGAAAAGAGAGAAAAUGCUAUGCUGGGGUUAUUCAUCUUUUGGACAACCUGGGAUAGGCAGCAACCUCCAGGUCAUCAUUCCCGAACCACAGGUGUAUGGAUUCAUUCAUGACAGAAAUGUCAAGGAGGUGGCAUGCGGAGGAAACCACUCGGUGUUCCUGCUGGAAGAUGGGGAAGUGUACACCUGUGGUUUGAACACCAAAGGCCAGCUGGGGCACGAGAGUGAAGGAAGCAAGCCAGAACCAAUUGGAGCCCUGGCAGGGCAGCACAUAGUGCACGUGGCCUGCGGAGAGUCCCACAGUGUGGCACUCAGCGACCAGGGCCAGGUCUUCUCCUGGGGCGCAGGCAGCGAUGGACAGCUGGGCCUCACCACUAUUGAAGAUGCAGUGACAGUACCAAGGCUGAUAAAGAAACUGAACCAACAGACCAUACUGCAGAUUUCCUGUGGAAACUGGCACUGUCUGGCUUUGGCAGCAGAUGGCCAGUUCUUUACGUGGGGGCAGAACAGCUAUGGUCAGUUGGGCUUGGGGAAAGAGUGUCCCUCUCAAGCAAGUCCACAGCGUGUCAAGUCUCUUGAUGGGAUCCCUUUGGCCCAGGUUGCUGCAGGUGGAGCCCACAGUUUUGCCCUGUCUCUCUCAGGAGCUGUGUUUGGCUGGGGAAAGAACAGCUCAGGACAGCUGGGACUAAGUGAUGAACGAGACCGAGAAUCCCCUUGCCAUGUGAAGCUAUUGCGGUCUCAGAAGGUUGUUUAUAUCAGCUGUGGAGAGGAACACACAGCAGUUCUAACAAAGAGUGGAGGGGUGUUCACGUUCGGUGCAGGUUCCUGUGGGCAACUGGGACAUGAUUCCAUGAAUGAUGAAGUGAACCCCCGAAGAGUUCUUGAGCUGAUGGGCAGUGAAGUAUCCCAGAUUGCUUGUGGCAGACAUCACACUUUAGCCUUUGUGCCUUCUUCAGGAAUGAUCUAUGCAUUUGGCUGUGGAACAAGAGGCCAGCUCGGAACUGGGCACACUUGCAACGUUAAGUGUCCCUCUCCGGUGAAGGGUCACUGGGCAGCUCACAAUGGGCAACUCUCAGGGAAACCUGAUGCCUGUAAAUAUCACAUUGUUAAACAUAUCUUCUCUGGAGGAGACCAAACAUUUGUGCUUUGUUCCAAAUAUGAGAAUUCCUUGCCUGCUGAUGAUUUCCGGACCAUAAAUGAAACACGUUACACCUGUUUAAUAAAUGAUGAAACUAUAGAUGUCUGGAGGCAAAAGCUUUUAGAAAAGAACAGUUCUAAUUCUGUCAAUAACGUUGUUCAGAUACUGUCCUCGGCUGCCUGCUGGAAUGGAAGCUUCUUGGAGAAGAAAAUUGAUGAACAUUUUAAGACCAGUCCAAAGAUCCCAGGGAUUGAUUUGAACUCCACUAGAGUUCUGUUCGAGAAGCUGAUGAACUCACAACAUUCAAUUCUCCUAGACCAGAUACUGAAGAGCUUUGAAAGCUUUUUGAUUCCUCAGUUGUCCAGCUCACCACCAGAUGUUGAGGCAAUGAGGAUCUAUCUGAUUCUCCCUGAAUUCCCACCCUUCCAAGAUUCAAAGUAUUAUAUCACAUUAACACUUCCUCUGGCAAUGGCUAUUCUGCGCUUGGACACCAAUCCUAGCAAAGUUCUUGAUAACUGGUGGUCUCAAGUGUGUCCAAGAUAUUUCCUCAGGCUAGUGGAUCUCUAUAAAGGUGCAGUGGUUUACCUCCUGAGUGGAAGAAAGACAUUGUUGAUCCCAGUCUUGUUCAGUAGCUACAUUACAGCUGCUCUCAGGCUUUUGGAGAAACUCCACAAGGUAAAUCAGAAAGUUAAACAUAUAGAAUAUGAUAAGUUUUAUAUCCCUGAGAUUUCCAGCUUGGUGGAUAUUCAAGAGGACUACCUCAUGUGGUUCUUACAUCAGGCUGGAAUGAAAGUAAGACCAUCUAUCAUGCAGGAUGCUGUGACUCUCUGUUCUUAUCCUUUCAUCUUUGAUGCUCAGGCUAAGACCAAGAUGUUACAGACAGAUGCAGAACUGCAGAUGCAGGUGGCAAUAAAUGGUGCAAAUUUGCAAAAUGUCUUUAUGCUUCUCACCCUGGAGCCUCUGCUGGCCAGAAGCCCUUUCCUGGUACUUCAUGUUCGCAGGAGUAAUUUAGUGGGUGAUGCUCUAAGAGAGCUGAGUAUCCAUUCAGACAUUGAUUUGAAAAAGCCCCUUAAGGUCAUCUUCGAUGGUGAGGAAGCUGUUGAUGCUGGAGGGGUGACAAAGGAAUUUUUCCUCCUGUUGCUGAAAGAACUCCUCAACCCCAUCUAUGGCAUGUUCACUUACUACCCAGAGUCAAACCUGCUGUGGUUUUCAGACACGUGUUUUGUAGAACACAACUGGUUUCACUUGAUUGGCAUCAUAUGCGGUCUUGCAAUAUACAACUUCACAGUGGUAGACCUUCACUUUCCCUUGGCUCUGUACAAAAAGCUCUUGAAUGUGAAGCCAUGCCUAGAGGAUUUGAAGGAGCUGUCCCCUACAGAAGGAAGGAGUCUUCAGCAGCUUUUAGAUUAUCCUGGGGAAGAUAUAGAGGAGACGUUCUGCUUGAACUUUACAAUCUGCAGGGAGAGCUAUGGUGUGACAGAGCACAAGAACCUGAUUGAAGACGGUGACAAAAUUCAGGUGCAGAAGGAUAAUAGGGAAAAAUUUGUUGAAGCCUAUGUAAAUUACAUCUUCAACUGCUCCAUCCACGAGUGGUACACAGCUUUCUCCACUGGCUUCCUGAAAGUGUGUGGUGGGAAAGUCCUGGAGCUCUUCCAGCCCACAGAGCUCAGGGCCAUGAUAGUUGGAAACAGCAACUACAACUGGGAGGAACUGGAGGAGAGUGCUGUCUAUAAGGGAGACUACACUGCGACGCACCCAACCGUGAGAAUGUUUUGGGAAACCUUUCAUGCAUUUCCCUUGGAAAAGAAGAAGAAAUUUCUCCUGUUUCUGACGGGCAGUGACCGCAUCCCCAUCUAUGGCAUGUCGAGCCUCCGCAUUGUCAUCCAGUCCACCGCCAACGGGGAGCAGUACCUGCCUGUGGCACACACCUGCUACAACCUCCUGGACCUGCCCAAGUACAGCAGCAAGGAGAUCCUCAGUGCCCGGCUGGUGCAAGCCAUUGAUCACUACGAGGGCUUCAGCUUAGCUUGACUGGUGUGGGAGAGGCACAGACACUUGGGUACACGGUGGGCUUGGGUUUAUUUUUGUAUGUGAAAGGAUCGGAGCAUUUUUGGGGGAAAAAUAAUAAGAAUAGAUUUGGAGAAUGCAGUCUCAACCUGAUGCUGCCAAUAUUUUGUGAGGCUUUAGCAGGCAGGCUUUGAAUUUUCUGAUCUGCUGAACACAAUCAGUUCAGUGAGCUUUUCUGUUGUUUCCCCUCCAGAUUCACAGCAGUGCCCUACCAGCAACUCCCUCUAGUUUGCUUUUAUCGCCCCUUACACACGCAUUGAUUCCUCAUUUUAGAUCAGUUUAUGUACUUGGUGUUCCUUGCACAUAGGCUACGGUGGUAAUUCAGGAUGAAAUAGUCAUCACCUUUUAAAAAAGCUGUGAUUCCCCAAAUCCUUUUUUUCCUUCCUUUUUUAAAUGCAAGCUGGUUCUUGCUUACGUGGAGUGAACGUAUCCCCUCUGCUCUUUGGUCCUUGGCAGAUGGUACUGGGCUGAGGUGUCACUUGUUAUCCCCAGGUCAGUUAUGGUACGUGCUCUGUCUUUUUGCACCAGUUAUCUCAUGGAGGAUGUGUUGGUUGCAGGGUUGGCUUGUUAUUUUUCUUCUGUGUCAAACUUUGUUCCCAAGCAACAUCUUCUUAAAGGAUCAUCGAAUUCCUUUAUGUUAAGGCUUGUGGAUGGACAAACUGUACUGUUAACAACAGGUUUCUUGGACUGUGCCUCUCUUGUGUUGUUCUUCUGUCCCCAUGUUAGGCAGGGGGGCAGAGCCAAGUCCAGUGUUUCCAUUCUAUCAGAUGUGUUCUUCAUUACAAGGAGAGUUGGCAGUGAUUAUCACUGCUGCUUUUCUCCAGAGGAGUUCUGCGUGUGUGAGGAUGUGUGCAGGCUCCCCAGUGUCAUCAGGCCGGAGGAAAAGAAAGAUGCAUCAGAUUCCUGUUGGUGUAGUAUCUCUCUGAUUAGAGGCUGGUGUUAUUACUGCAGCUUAUGGUUGGAGUGGAGCCUGUGGCAUCUGUUUUGUUUGGCGUGUGCUGGGGGGAAGGCUGAAGGACAAUCUGUUAUGAACUGCAGUGGUAAUGUACAGUAACUGUACAAUAAAAGAUGAGCGGGCAAAAGCGUGAACUGUAUCCUGUGAGGUUGGAGAGCCCCCAUCCCAUUAAUGCUGAGUAAAUGACUACCCCACUUUUAAGGUAUUGGUGUAAAUCUCAUUUGAAGCCUGAGGUUUUGCAAUUGAGUUGUUCUUAGGAUAUAUUCUUUAUGCACCACGUUCGAUAUCUAGUAUUGAACUUUGCACCUUGUAACAAAAGGUUAUAGGUUUUGUCUUGGCAAAGGGAGGAGUGGAGCGCUGGUAAUGUAAUGCAGCAUUGAAGAAAAAUAAAGCAGCAAAUGAAAUGUUGAUAAUGGGUGUUUUUUUCAGAGGGAGGGAGGGAAGGAAGGAAAGGAGUGAGGAAGGAAGGAACUCCUGCAGAUCUACAUCUGGAAGUCCAAAGCUAGCCUAGGAUUUUGUCAUCUCCUUCUUCUCCAUGUCUUACUUACUUUCUUAACAACAGUGCAGGUGGUGGUUCUGGUUUUUGCCACAGGGAAAACAGCAUUUUAGAAAUAGAGAGGAGGCAGCCAGGUGUGUCUUUUUUUCUUUUUUAAUUUACAGUUUUACUUAACGGAUUCUGUUACGUUUAGCUUUCAAAGUUCAAAAAUAUAAACUCUCUAAAGUGCAUAACUGUACUUACAUUUCAUAUAAACUAUCUGAAAUUCUAGCAGUAUGCCAUGUAAACAGCAGUAACUAAGCAUCAGAAAAUGCUACAAUCUCAUCAGUUCAUACAAUGCAAUGGACUGUUCCCUACGUAUCAUUUAUCAAGAUUUGUCAGGGGCAAAACUCAGCAAACAUCAUUUAUUGGUACACAGUGCAAACAGGCUUUUAAAAAUAAUCAGAGAAAUCAUA